UCCUUCAAGAGCAGAGAUCGUUUUCUCUUAGUUUUGCGGAUUUACCUAUUGAAGGUAGUGCUUGAAUUUAUUUAAAGCAAAAUAAAAUCGAUACUGUAUUUAUUCAUAAAAAACUUUGUGUGCUUUUACGGAUUUUCGACGAGUUUUUCGAUUAUUAGGAGGAAAGGUUUUUUGCGGGUGUAGCUCCCUCCAAUCUGGGUCUCUGUGAAUUUCUGGGAUUGACAUUCGUGAAGGACCCACCCUAGAGCUAAAGCGCGAACGUAUUUCGGUGUUUAUACACCAAAUGCCAGGAUAUAAGAGAAGAUACUGAAGAUAGGGGUGCAUUCACCCCUUCUUCAACACCUCCCCAAUAUAAUGUUUGAAGUAAUAAACGUUGGAAUUUAUUCAUUCAUUAUUUUCAUAGUUGCAAAUGUCCAAUGCAACCAUAAUAACAACAAUACAUCCGUAACUUUGCCGCCGCCUCCAUUUUAUUCAGCACAUAGAGGGGCAGCUAGACAAAUGUACGGAUCGGGAUCGUUGCGACCUCCUGGUACGAAAUCGGUGAUCUACGCAACGGGACAACGUCAACACGGUAUCCGCACAACGAUGUCUCCUCAAGUGUACAGCCCGCCACAAUUCGUACCCUACGUAGUACCAGUACCCGUUUUCCCAAUUCAUAUGAGGGCGGAUGAAUACGAACCGAUGAUAAGAGGUUAUCCAGGAAUUCACCACAUCCAGAUUCCCCCUCGAAGUGACCGUCCGUCGAAUCGAGGAGGCGGUAGAUACGGAGGUCGUUUCGAAUAUCCAAACGGCAGACCGAUUUAUGGAUUUUCCAACGCGCGGUAUCCCUUCGACUUUGGAUUCGUGAGAGGUAGAGGAAUUUCAUCUGAUUUCGAUGAGUCUCGCGGUGGAGCAUAUCUUGUACAUAGAACUGAAGACGACGACGACGAAUACGUCGAAACGUAUCCGACGUUAAAACCUCAAGAAAAUAGAGACGUUCAACCGAAAAAAGCUAUAGAACAUCAUUCGUGCGAGAAAAUUUGCAAGAAAAGCGAAAUGUUGUGCAAGAAGUCUUGUUUUUGCUUAAAAGAAGAACUGAGAUGCGAUGGAAUUAGUGAUUGUGAAGGUAACGAAGACGAAUUAGAUUGUGAUCAUAUUGAUCACCAAGUGCAAUGUGACGAAACUAAGGAAUACGUGUUAUGUCCAAGAACUAAAAAGUGUAUUUUGAAAGAUUGGCUCUGCGAUGGAGAUGACGAUUGUGGUGAUUUUUCUGAUGAAACGCAUUGUGGUUUUAAUGUGAAUUGUACUAACGAUCAAUUCCAAUGCGAUAAUGGCCUAUGUAUACCUAAAUUAUGGACAUGUGACAAUGACAACGACUGCAAAGACUAUUCUGACGAAUUCAAUUGCACUAUUACAGGAUGCGAGGAAAAUGAAUUUGAAUGCUCAGACACGACAUGCAUCUCGAUAAGUUGGAAAUGUGAUAGACAUAUAGACUGCACUGAUGGCUCCGAUGAAAGCGAUUGUGAUGUUAUUCCUCCAUAUUGUACGGAAAAUGAGUUCCAAUGUGCAUCUCAUGUUUGUAUCAAAAUCGAAUUCAAGUGCGAUGGUGAUGAUGAUUGUGAUGAUUGGAGCGACGAGGAUGAUUGUCCCAAGAUACAAAGUACCUGCGUUUCAGGAGAAUUCAAAUGUAAUAGUGGUAAGUGUAUACCGGAAAGAUAUAAAUGCGACAGACAAUUAGACUGUGAUGAUAACGAAGAUGAAAUAAAUUGUGAUUACAAUAUAACGAAAACUUGUUCACCGGAUGAGUAUACUUGUGACAAUGGAGCUUGUGUUUUGCGUACAUGGGUGUGUGACGGUUUGGAAGAUUGUUCACAAGGUGAAGACGAAUCAAAAUGCGAAAUAGUCUGCGACGAAGCCAAAUUUCCUUGUAGCGGUAUUGAUCCAAAUAGCAAUAAAACGGAAACGUGUAUAAGUAAAAAAUACAGAUGCGAUGGAAGGAGAGAUUGCCCGAAAGGGGAAGACGAAGAACAAUGUCCCGCAAAACGUGAAUGCGAAAGAAAUACCACUUGUAAACAACUUUGUAUCACUACUGCCGAUGGUAAUAAGGGUUGUUCUUGUUUAAACGGUUUCCAACUUAACAAAGACGGUGUCAGCUGCGACGAUAUUAACGAAUGUUUAUAUGCAACUGAUCCUGUUUGUUCCCAAAAUUGUAACAACACAAUUGGUAGUUUCAAAUGCGGUUGUAUGACCGGCUAUGUCCUGAGACCGGAUUUGAGAACUUGCAAAGCGAUGGGGGCGCCACCAACUUUAUUAUUUGCCAAUAGAAUCGAUAUAAGGGAGGUAUCCCUAAGUAAUUCAAAGUAUACUGCGAUUUUGAGAGGACUCCACAAUGCCAUAUCAUUAGAUUAUCAUUACGAGAGAGGUUAUAUAUUUUGGUCGGAUGUAUCUAUGGAUGUUAUAAGAAGGGCCUUCAUAAAUGGAACCGAAAUUACAGAUGUGAUAAAAUCUGGAUUGGAGUCACCAGGUGGAGUAGCCUUAGACUGGAUACACGAUCUGAUAUUUUGGACGGAUUCCGGUACCAGAAGAAUCGAAGUAGCUACUCUAGACGGUCAACAAAGAUCCAUAAUAGCAGCCAGCGAAAUCGACAAACCCAGAGCUAUAGCAGUUCAUCCGGGACAAGCUCUCAUAUUUUGGACUGAUUGGGGCCCAAAUCCUAAAAUAGAACGCGCCGAAAUGGACGGUUCAAAAAGAUACAGUAUCAUUACCGAAUCUGUAUUUUGGCCUAACGGCUUAACCAUAGAUUAUACUUCAAAUCAAAUUUAUUGGGCCGAUGCUAAACAUAAUGUUAUAGAAACAUCUAAUUUUGAUGGAAAAUAUAGGAAAAAGGUUAUUAGUAAAGGAUUGCCUCAUCCUUUCGCGAUUACCAUUUUCGAAGAUGCAAUUUUUUGGACCGACUGGCAUACCAAGUCCAUUUCGACAGCUAAUAAAGUGACAGGCGCCGGUAUGCGUCCCCUGCAUUCUCAGCUACAUUUUCCAAUGGAUAUCCAUAGUUAUCAUCCGCAACGACAACCGAAAUAUAAGAACCAUUGCGGUAAAAAUAACGGUGGUUGUGCCCAUAUGUGUCUACCAAACAAAAAUUCGUAUAGUUGUGUUUGUCGGAUGGGUCAGAAAUUGAAAUCCGAUAAAAAAUCCUGUCAGAAACCUGAUAAAUUUCUAUUAUUCGCCAGAAAGAAAGACCUGAGGAUCAAGUACAUGGAUGGAAGUCAUCAACAUCAAUACGAAAUGGUUAUACCGGUAGAUGGUAUUAAAUCAGCAGUAGCUAUUGCAUGGGAUUCGAAAAACGAUUUUAUUUAUUGGACGGAUGUGGAAAGAAAUUCUAUAAACAGGGCGUUUUGGAAUGGAACGUUCCAAGAAAUUUUGAUACAUCAAAAUAUAAUUUCUCCCGCUGGUAUUUCUUUCGAUUGGGCAACGGAUAAAAUAUACUGGACAGAUGCCGGUACAGAUAGAAUCGAAGUAGCUAAUUCCAAUGGUACUUUGAGAUCCUUACUCAUAUGGGAAGAUUUAGAUAAACCUAGAGAUAUUGUAGUUGAUCCUCAAGGUGGUUAUAUGUUUUGGUCGGAAUGGGGAGAACGUCCCAAAAUCGAGAGAGCUAAUAUGGACGGUACCAAUAGACUGAUAAUAGCUAGUAAUAAUCUAACAUGGCCUAAUGGUUUAGCAGUCGAUCAUCUAACCAGUAAAAUUUAUUGGACUGACGGUGGUACAAGGAGCAUCGAAUAUUCUAAUCUGGAUGGUAGCGAACGAAAAAUCCUUCUAGACGGAAACAAUGUACCCCAUCCCUUCGGUCUCGACGUUUACGGUGACCACAUCUAUUGGACAGAUUGGGAAACACAAAAUAUUGAAAGAGCGAAUAAAUUCACCGGUAAAAAUCGUACGGUUUUAUCCAACAGCAUGAACGAUUUAAUGGACGUUCGUGUGUUCCAUAGAAAUAGAAAAAAUUUGAAAACUUCUUGCGGUGUUAAUAACGGUGGUUGUUCCCACCUCUGCUUCCUAAGACCCAAAGGACAUUCUUGUGGAUGUCCUAUAGGGAUAAAAUUAGGGGGUGACGGUUUAACAUGUGAAAAAGGUCCAGUCAAUUAUCUAAUUUUCGCCCACCGAAUGGACAUCCGACAGAUAUCUCUUGAUGUACCUUACAUGGCAGACGUGGUAUUACCUUUUCCGAGACUCAAAUUAGUUACAUCAGUUGACGUGGAUAGAAAAACCGGUGACAUCUACUGGACCGAUACAGCUGAGGAUGUUAUUCGAAAAGCUACACCUGACGGAAAAAAUAUAGAUGUUAUCAUAAUGCACGAAAUGGAAUCACCUGAUGGUAUAGCAGUAGACUCGGCUGGUAGAAAGAUAUAUUGGACGGAUGGCGAAAGAAACAGCAUAGAAGUGGCGGAACUAGACGGAAAGCACAGGAAAGUUUUAUUUCAUAGAAAUUUGGUUAAUCCCAGAGCGAUUACUCUACAUUAUCAUCACGGGCUUAUGUUUUGGUCCGAUUGGGGGGAAAAAGGUAAAAUAGAAGUUGCAUACAUGGACGGUACUCAACGGAAAGUUCUGAUAUCUGAUGAUCUCAAUUGGCCUAAUGGAUUGGCAAUAGAUCGUCCAGAUAGUCGUCUUUAUUGGAACGAUGGAAAAUUGAACACCAUAGAAUCCAGUAACCUAAGCGGAAAAGAUAGAAAAAAAAUUUUAACUGCGGUUCCUCAUCCUUAUGGUCUCGUCGUCGUCGGUAAUCACAUAUAUUGGACGGAUUGGCAAACGAGAUCUUUACAUCGAGCCGAUAAAAACACCGGCAAAGACAAGACUAUUAUCAGAGAUAAAUUGGAGGGUUUAAUGGACGUCAGGUCGGUUCAAAGCGACAAUACCGCCGAAAACGCUUGCGGUAACAAGAAUGGCGGUUGCUCUCAUUUAUGUUUGAGAAAUCCCGUUUCAUUUACAUGCGCAUGUCCGACCGGUUUGAGUAAAACGAAAACUGAUGAUAAACAGUGCGAACCGAUACCAGAAACUUUUCUACUCAUCGCGACGAGAUACGCAUUAAGUCAAGUCAGUUUGGAUACGAACGACGCUUGGGACGUAACUUUACCGGUAGAUGAAAUAGAAAACGCGAUAGACGUCGAUUUCCAUUGGGAGAAAAAGUUAUAUUUUUACACGGAUAUAGAAAAAAACGUUAUAGCUAGCGUAUCGAUGUAUAAUUUAUCGGACAUAAAAAUAUUAGUCAGCAAAAAUUUGUCGUCCCCUGACGGAUUGGCGGUAGAUUGGAUAGCCAACAACAUAUAUUGGACAAAUACCGGCAAUAAAAUUAUAGAAGUCGCCAGAUUAGACGGGAACCAUAGAAAAACUGUGAUAAAAGAUUAUUUGCACGAUCCCAGAUCGAUAGUGGUGUAUCCUAAAAAGGGAUUUAUAUUUUGGACCGAUUGGGGUAUACCGAAAAUUGAAAGGGCCCAUUUGGAUGGUUCCAAUAGGAAAAAUUUGGUUCAUUCGCAGUUGAAUUUUCCCAUCGGUCUCGUCAUCGAUUACGUUAAGAAGAGACUUUAUUGGAUCGAUGCGAAACUAAACGAGGAAAAAAUCGAAACGACCGAUUUACAUGGAAAUAACAGAGUUAUGAUUAGCGUUCAAUCGACGCAUCCUUUUUCGUUAACGCAACACGAAGAGUAUAUUUACUGGACAGAUUGGUUACAGAAAACCGUAAAACGUGCCGAAAAAACCACCGGUAAAGAUACGGUUAUAAUUAGACCUCAAUUGGAUGCGGCUAUGGGUAUAACUAUGGUAACUGGUAAACGACAACAAGGUUGGAAUCCUUGUGCCGUCGAUAACGGAGGAUGUACGCACCUAUGCCUUUUUAGACUUAAGAAUUAUACUUGUGGUUGCCCAGAUAAAUUCGAUCCUACUUGCAAAACAGUAUCGAACUACGUAGUCCCCCUAAAAUGCCCUCCCGGUAGUUCGAAAUGUGAUAUAGAAGAAGAACGAAUAGACUACGACGAAGAAUUGUUUCCUAACCUCGAUUCGAAAUUCGAAGACGACGUCGACGAUUCGUACAGAUCAUUAGGACAUUCGAAUUUGUUCUACAUAAUGACACUAGUACCCAUGAUAUUUAUAAUACUAGUAUGUGUUGCUUUAGUUGCGUUUUUAUUGAUAAGAAGGGGGAAAAGUAAAUAUGUUUACGGUACGAGUAGAAGUUUUUCGAAUCCAAAUUAUUAUUCACCGAAUAAUGAUUCAGCAUCAGCACCGAAUAAUGGGAAGUUUAUUUGGAAAAGAUUGAAGUACGACAAGACACAGGAGAGGGUGUAUGAAGAAACAGUUGGUAUAAGCAGUCCAGAAAUAGCCAGUCUUAUACCAACAAUUUUGACACCGUGUAGUUCAAAUUGCGAGACAGUCACACCAGAGGUGGAAAGGUCACCAUCAAUAACGCCUUUACAUAAAAGCGACGUUAACGAGACGAUUUCUUAAAUAGUCUUAAAUAACUUUAUAGAGUCACCUAUAUGAGCGAAAACAUGCUGAUAAGAUAUUUAAAUGAAGAAAUUACUACUUUGGGAUUAAAUUGUAGUGUAAGUUAUUUAAUCGUAAAAUAGUAAUUUCUUGAUUUCGUCCUAUUUCGCAUAAAUGUAGAUAAAAAGUCAAAUUAAGGUGACCGACAAUAAAAAGUUGUAAUAAUAGUUAAGUAACUAUUUCCCCCUACGCCCCUCCAAAAAAAAAAAGAUUUAAAAUGAUGAUAUUAUAGACAGACUCAAAGUCUGAUAAUGUUAAAUUUGAUUUAUAUUUUUCAAACUUUUUUAACGAAUGAACUAAUUUAUUAAGGAAUCAAAAUGAUGCAGUCAAAAGCUCGGGUCAAUUCAAAACUUUAGAUACGUUGCGAAUUGAUGACAUAAUUACCAGUUUGAGAUACAAAAAGAAGUUACAGACGUUUGAUUGCCAAAAGUUGAGAAAAUAUUUCGAUUAUAAUUAAUUUUUAGUGUUUAUUAUAAGAUUUUCAGUUAAUUCCCUUCUUUUUAUGAUUCAAUUGAUACGAAUUAUGAUUUUUAAUUAGCCUUAAAUACGAAAAAAAAAAUAAUAACUACAUUUGUGUUUUUAUUUUAUUUAACCUAAAGAAUUGAAAUUUUUGACAUUUAUCGGAUUGAUACAAUGUGUCAAUGCCAACUUAAUUCCAGAGAUCCCGAAUCACACCACUAAAAAGUUACUAGAUUGGCAGCGAUGAUAUUGAGUACUGAAUAGUAAAUUAAUAUUAACAAGUACUGUUUCUAUAUUCUAAUAAAACAAUGACAACUACGAACUGAUGAAAUAACAAAAUAAACAUUAAUCGUUUGAUCAUAUGUCAAAAGAUUUGUUUUGACUUUUGACAUUCGAAUGCUAAUCAAUUAGGAAUUUUUAUUUGACAGUUGUUUAUCCUUGUGUUGUUUUUUCGUAUAUAGAAUACAUAGUCCAAACAGGGAUGGAUCAACAGAAUAGCCAACUUAAUUAGUUUGAAAAAAUACAAGUACUGCGUUCCGAUAUUAAAAUUUGAUGACUCUGACUGUUCGAUAUCGUUCCGACAAUCCACGUUUUGUCGACUUUUGACAUUUGAUUGCUUAUCAAUUAGGAAUUUUUAUUCGACAGUUGUUUAUACUUGUGUUCAUAAAGAAUAAAAACUGACUGAGUAUAAUACAACCUCCAGAUCUCACGUUAAAUUGAUUGAGAUACUAUUUCAAGUAUUAGUAUUGAUUUCUAGUAGUGUGAUUUAGGUUAUUAAAAUGGUUCCCAUUACAAAUAGCUUUUAGCAAAACUGUUUGAACUAAAUUUUAGGUUAAAUCUAAUAAAAUUUGUUUUAGAAAAUAUUUCAUAGAAAUAUAUGAAUAACUUGUGUUUUUUUUACGAAUUUCCUCCCCCAAAGUACUUAAAAAAUGAAGCUAAUUAACAAAAAAAUCAUUUAAUUUGGUUAUUUUCAAUAUUUUUAUAUUUGCUAAUUUCAAAAGGCUGUAAUUUGUGAACAAGUGGGUGAAGUUUGAUGGAAUUAUUUUUGUCCCCAAAUUAUGUCCUUCAAUUUUUAAUCUACCUCCCAAUUACAUCCUAAUUAAACGACGUUUUGAACGCAUCAUUUUUUUCGGAAAACAAUGCAACCUGUUUCUACUUAGCGAGUUCUGGUGUAGUAAAUAUUAAAUUGUUUAUUAUUACAAGGGACGUUUUUUUUUCAACCUCCGAUCGCUCCGUGCAGCGAUAAAAGCGGGCAUGUGCUGUUGCCGACUACGAAGCUCUCGUACUACACACUCCGCCAUUGUUGACAUUCAGACGUCAGUCGGCGUUGUGUUAUAACCACGUAAACACGUCCGCCAUUAUUGUAGCUCCCGCCAAGAGUGAUUUGCGAAGUGUUAUUUGUUUUCUAUAAGCUGAAGACAAUAGUGCUGAAGAAAUGCAAAAAAUGCCACAAAUUUCAAUAAUCUACUUUCUUUUAAUAUGAAGAGGACAGGUCUCCAUUUUUAAACCCAUUCUAACUUGAUUGUAUAAAAAUACUAUUGACGAAUGUCUGAAGAUGACUGUGUAAGUAAGAAACAGGUUGCAGCGUUGAUAAUUCCCACAGAAAUAUUUUAGGGUAUUGAUAUAUUGUUGAUGAUGUAAUUAAACGUAAUAUAGUGUUUCCAAUAAAUGUUACCUACAUAUCCCGUUGGGUCAUUGGCGUAACCAUUUUGAAAAGUAACUUGAAGAAAUUAACAACAAUUAAAUACUAUAGGUACCGUUUGAGUUUAAUUUUGUACAUAAAUUUUAUAUUAUUGAUAAUAAUAAUAAUAUUAAGGCCUUUUUUGUAUAUCUUUCAAUUUUCUAACGUUGCUUGGUUGAGCCAAUGAUGACAAUACCUUUGAUUGUUUAUUCGUCUUCAGAAAUUAUUACAAAAAAAAAUGUGGAAAUAUUUUAUAUGUAAUUCCAUAUCAACUUUCUCAUUGGAAAUAUUCCGUGAAAAUAUAAUUGUUCAAUGUUUUUAUUAUGCAUAGUUCAAGUGCCAACGAAGAGGAUGUCGAAAAUUUUUGAGGUUAAGUUUCCAAUCUUACCAAAUGACUUGUCAAUUGAACAUUAAUUGAAAACGGGAAUUGUUAAUUUUCAACAUUCUUUGAUGGGUUCAUAGUAGUUUACUAUAAUUAUCAUUUCCUAUCAACAUUUGAUAGUAAAUCCAAGUUCCAAAGUGAAAUAAUGAUUUUAACACAAGAAAGUUGAUAAUAAAAAUUUUAAAACACUAAUGAAUCAUGAAACAAGGGCCCAUAUUAUGGAAAAAGACAUUGUAAUAUACAUAAAAACACCAGCAGGCUAAAAUAUAUUGUACAGUAGAAUCUCAGAUAUGAAAACCAUGUCAUUCUAUAGGAAAAACAAAGGGGAAAGAAUGUAGGAGAUUCAGAAAAGCUCAGUUAGUGACUAAUUCAUCUCAAUGAGUUCAAUGCCUGUAUCUAAAAUACUGGCAGAUGAAGAACUUGAGGAUGCUACUAGAAGAGAUCAAAUAAGCUCAAUUAAAAGAACGUAUGAUUGAGGAGUUUGCAGCUUAUUUAGUUAAUUUUGUUCACAAUAAAUAAAUGAUAGAUUUACAACUAUAUGGAAAGCAAUUACUAAUUUGGUGAUUGAAUUAUUGCAAAUGAUACAAGUUUUUGUCUUCUAAUAUAUAAGAAAACAACCGCCUUUAUUAAGAUUUUCAUGCAGCUUUGAGUUAAUCCUUCAAUCUGAUCAGUGAAGGAGCCCUAACGAUGCUUCUAAUAAGUCUUGACGUAUAUUCUUUAUCAAAAACAUGGUUUUAUGAGAUUUAAUAGAAAGAAGAAAUUUUGUUCCAAAACAUUCUACAUACUUUUGUUGCUAUAAACAUUAUACGAUAUAAACUUACCAACUUCUUUUCUUCAUAAGAUAUUUUGUCAUAUUAUCUUCGAGUAGAAAUAUUUAUAUUUCAUAUCUCUUUUGUAGUUUUGUAUAUACUUGUCGGUGACAUACUGGGUUUCCGAAAUUUAAGUUAUUUGAUACAAUUUAAUUUGUCUUUUUGCUGUACUAUUUUAAUUUAAACAAAUUGAGUGUUGGGUUUAUUUUCUUUAGAGGUUAAGUCUUGGUCUACAGGACGCAAGCUUAUUCGAAAUUUGCCAGACGUGGUAUGUAUAACUGGUUGCAGAAUUAUGUUGCUUGUAAGUGCAAAGUUGUUUCCCCUUGGAAGGUUCGAGCAACAAUUAACUACAACAAUUAAGUAGUUCGUGUAGUAUUUUUGUAAAUUUUGAGGAUAUUGAUUUUUGGUUGUUCAGUCCGUUGAAAGGUUGUUUGGCGCCCGAGCCAUAACAAACAUGUUUACCAUUACAGAAAGCACCUACAAUGGUUCUCCAAAGACCUAAUGUUGAUUUGUCACUAAAGAUUACCCUAAUGGGGCACCACAUAAGGAAAAUUUUGACAUUUGUAACCACUAAACUGAAUUCAAUUAUACAAAGUGUAAGUGGAAUCAUUUCUUGUAUAACAGAGGAAAUUAUAUUCCCAAAGAUGGCACUCAUGCGACGAAUUGUCAAUUGUCACAACUGACAUUUCUGUCAUAAUUUGUUUGUUUUUAUAAGUAAUUAAGUAUUGUGAAAGAUAUAAUUAGUUAUUUUCAUAACUGUUUAGAAGAGAAUAUCGCUUGAAAGAUUGUUUGGCGCCCGAGCCAUAACAAACAUGUUAACCAUUACAGAAAGCACCUACAAUGGUUCUCCAAAGACCUAAAGUUAAUUUGUCACUAAAGAUUACCCUACUGAGGUACUACAUAAGGUUUCACGUAGAUUCUUUCUAAAUGGCGAGGUCUUACAGAAUUUUAUUGAAAAAGUGUAGCGAUUUCGCUCCAAGGCGUUCUCUGAGAGAUAUUCCACCAUUUCCAAAUAAAUUUUUUGCAGUCCCAUCAAAAACAUGUUUACUAACCCUGGUACCACUAUAUAAAGAACCAAGUUCAAGUUUAUUCCUCAACAUAGCUAUGGGACUAUCCAUCCAAGUUCAAGUUGAUCCUUCAGCAUAGCUAUGGGGAGUAUUCAUGCAGAAAGGACCAGCUGGAUAUGAUCCAGCGAUGUAUGAAAGACUCCAAGGACCAAGGAUAGUAUUAUUGUUUUGGUCUAGUGGUAGUAAAGAGUGUGUUUAUUAUAAAAGGCAUGGUGUUUCAAUAGUUUCAAUUUUAGUACAAAAAUAAAUAAUAGUUGUACGAGUUAUCAUAAAAGACAUGUUUACUAAUCAUGGUACCACUACAGAAACCAUCAACAAUGCUUGUUAUAAGACUUAUCAUUGAUUGUUCAUCUCGAUGUGAAUUCUUUAUAAAAAGCGUGGCUUAGUUGGAAUUUUUGGUGAUAUUCGUACUUAAAAUACUGUUAACUACGAUAUACUAAUACAAUUACACUAUCUGGUCCUUCGAGCCGGAUAUGAACAAGCAAACUAUUUUGUAGUAGGCUCGAAGGACCAGAAAAGUGUAAUUGUGUUCUAGUUGGUGUGUUUACAUUAAAAAACAAGGUGAUUGAGUUUUUCUCAAUAAUAUAAGACUUUUAAGAGUCAUAAUAAUCCUUGUAGCGAUAAAUGAUGGAUGGUUCUGCAGAUUUGGAAAAUUCAUUCAAGUUGAUAAUAAUAGUAAUCUACUUUUAUAGGCAUCAAAGUUCCUAACUUUUCAUUGGCUCUAUAAUAUGUCUAAUUAAUUUAAAGAUAAUUUAUUAUCUGCUCACGAAUGCAUGCUAUAUGAAAUUUCAAAAAUAUUUUUUAUAACCAGUACCACAGUUGUGUCAAAAAAAAAGACUGAAAGAAGAGAGGAUUGUUAGGAUGGAAAACGAUGGAUCAGUAUUUGUACUGAAAUUUUUACUAUUUAUGUCAAAAAAGCGCGAAAUUCAUUAUUACAAUAUUCUUGAAUACAGGAACGAUUUAAAAGUUUUUUAAAUAAAUUUUGAAUGAAAACGAAAAAGGAUAGAACAUUUUUUUAAUUUAUGUGUAGUCAGCAUGUACCUUAUAACCUAUUUAGGGAAAAAAUAAGACAAACAACAGGGAAGAGCUUUUGCGUUAAGUUUGCAUUUGGAACCACUAAAUUCCAUAGUUGAGUGGAAUCAUUUCUUCUGUAUCAGGGGAAAUAACAUUCCAAAAGUUGGCAGUCAUGCAACAAAUUGCUAGAACUGAAAAUGUUGACAUUUGUAACCACUAAACUGAAUUCAAUUAUACAAAGUGUGAGUGGAAUCAUUUCUUGUAUAACAGAGGAAAUUAUAUUCCCAAAGCCGGUACUUACUCGACGAUUUGUCAAUUGUCACAACUGACAUUUCUGUCAUAAUUUGUUUGUUUUUAUAAGUAAUUGAGUAUUGUGAAAGAUAUAAUUAGUUAUUUUCAUAACUGUUUAGAAGAGAAUAUCUUACAGUACGUAGCAAUGUCUUAUUAAGUGGUUAUAAAGAGAUAAUAACAUAUUUUUAAAGUCAUGGUGGAACGUUAAUUCCAAUUACCAUUGUAAAAAAUGUAAGUAAUAAUUACCUCAUUGCAUUUAAACGCUAGAGACUUAUUUAACUUAUCCAAAAGUUAUAUAUCAGGUAAUUUUAAUCUUCCAUGUUGCUUGUUGUAAAAACUGUGAUAGUCUACGAGCUAAAGGCACACGUUUCAUGAAGUCCCUUAAUAUUUUUAACUCAAUUAGAUAGAUCUAUUGAGUAAACCUGUCUCCGUUGACAGACUUGUUUCUGUUUCAAUAAACUCGAAAAUAGUCGUUGCAUACCUUUGUUUAAAGAGUGACUUUCUGUUAUUAAAAUUUCAUAUUGUCUAAAAGUUUUGUAUUUUUACAAACAACUUGAAUGUUAAUCCUCUCAAAAGUGCCUACCUUUGCUUUUAAAUUAACUUCUCAUUUGAUUCUGAUUUGAUAAAUCACUUUUUUGAGGCAUAAUUUUUUGUAACUUCUUCUCAUCUUUCUAGUAAGUAUUAGAAGACAAAAUUUCAAGGAAGCACUUCAUGAAAUGUUUCAUCACUAGCUUUCUGACUAUAAUACUUAUAUAGGUACUGAUCCAUAAUGUAGUUAACUAUAUUACCAUUCUAUAUGAUAUAUUUAUGUACAGAAAGCAGUGGCGUUUAUUGAAUUUUAAUUUUUAUAAAUUCUUUUGACAGCCACUGGAAGUGAAUUUGGUUUGGGUGUUAAUUGAGAAUAUUGUACAUAUAUAAUAGUAUUAUCCGCUAAAUAUUCUGGGAAAUUGUUGAUUAUAAAUUAUCAAAUAUAGUUUAUGAAUCGAAUUUUUAGUUAUUUUUAUUACUUUCAAAGUGGAUCAUAUUGUGCAGAUAUUUACAAAACAAUAUGAAUCACUUUUUGCUUACUAUUCCCUGUAUCAAAGUGGUUUGUUAAAUAAUGUCUGCGACUAUUUUUAUCUUUUAUUGAUCUCAGGAUCAGCAGUAAUAUGAAAAAACGAUUCAUCGAAGUCACGAUAAACAUGUUAAAUUAAGAUAAAUUGAAUUAUUUACUUAAUUUUUUUACUCGUGAAUUUGAAGAUAUUUUCAAACAAAUAACUGUUAAUAAGAACAAUAAAAGAAAUAUCUAUACAAUAGAACAUCUUACAUAUUAUAACAGCGACAUGUCAAGGCACAAGUCGUUUGCAUGAGCUCUUCCACACGUAAAAGAGAUCAUGCGCUCUCCGCACAAAUAUAAAUGUAACUCUUGUUGGGAUUCAACAUUUUCAUUUGUUUUGAAAUGGUAAACAGCACUUUACAUCUAUGGUGGGUGGAUUGAAAAAUUUCUUUUUCAUUGCCCAAUUAUCUGAUUUCAACCCAAAAUUAGGUUAAUUUGGUUUCCUUUAUGCUAUUUUUUUCCAAACCUCAAAUUGUGACCAAAGCAACAAUACAACAUUUUCAUUUUGUAAAGUUAGAUCUUGCUUCAUUAUUAUCCUGUCCAUAUCCACUAUGAUUUCUUAUUUGGUCUUCCAGAUAUUGUAAGAGUGAAAAAAUACAGUGGAAAUUAUAAUUAAUGAUGCUAAUUAUGACAUGUGGCUAUUCUGUAGUCAAUAAUCAAAUUUAAAAUCAAGGUUAAGCUCAUUAAAUAUAUAUAUUCAUCAAUAUCGGAAUGAUUUUGAAUUAUAUGGCCCAAAGAUGUGAACCUACAUUACUAUCACUUGUAUUUUUGACGUUUUAUCUAGGAAAUUGUCUAUGUUUCUCAAAAAUAAAUAAUUUGAGUGUAUUUUGAUUUUGGUACACUCUAUAUUAUCAAAAGUAAUGGAAAAUUGUACUUUUUUACUAAAAAGUAGUUUGACAAUGUAUUAAAUUACAUUUUAAUAGUUGUUUUUUUAUAAACUGAUUAAAAGUGGAAAAAUUUCAAAUCUUUAACUACAUAAGAAAACUAUUCUCAUUGGUUUUCAGUUCUGUCGUCAUAGGUUUAAUAAAAACAUUGAGCUGUUGUCUGCUUGGUGAUCACGAUGUUAUCGUUUCCGGCAACGUAGCGUGUGCUGUUAUAAUACAGUUUUCAUUUAUUAGUUAGUAAAUAAACCUUUUAUAGGUUGAAUUCCUACAUUAUUACAUACGUUAAAAAUUAAAAGCAUAAUAAACGUAGCGGCACAAAACACGAUUUACAUACCAUUUUUUUGCUAUAGUCGUAGACAAAUUGUAAUGAUCUACUCGUAUAUAACGGUUAUUGUGAAAACUAAAGUUGUUUUUUUAAUAAUAACCAUCUUUAUAUAACUGUUAAACGUUGAAUAGUAUUUUUUUAAAACAUUUUUCUCCGUGUAAUAUAUCUUUAUUGAUAGAUCGUUGACUUGUAUAAAUUUAUAUAACGUUUUUAGAUGAAAAUAAUUCUUGAUGUACAGAUUUUUUAGCGGAUAUGUAUAGUGGGAGGUAAGACUACAGAAUUUCUAUAACCGAAACGUUAAGAAAAUGUUAAAAAAAAUUUUUAGAGACAUGGCAAACGUGCCACAUUUCGAGGUUAUGUUUUAGAUGAACCAAAUUAUCUUAUCUACUAUACAGUUGGAGUUUACCUCAAUAUUUAGUUGGUUCUUCUUCUACUUUUAAAUCUAUAUUAAAGUUUAGUGAUUUUUCUGGUUUCUCGAUCAAAUUACGUUGUACAACCUCAUUUUUGUGUCACCCUGUAUUAUCGUCGGUUAUAAAAUUCAAAACAUUUUCUUUAAACUAUGGAAUUUAGUAAUUCUGUACCGUCUACUAAUUCAAAUCUAUAAGAAGUACAAUCUUCUUUGGCUCAGGAGGAUUGUACUUGAAGUGGAUAAAAAAAAAUACUAAGAAAAUCAUGUGAUUUAUUAUUAAUAUAACUGAGCUUAAAUUUUUUGUACUAAUAAAUCAAAAGUCAACUCCAGCCUUAUACACGGUUAAUUAUAUUAUUUACACGUGUAUAAAAAAAUAUGAAUUCUAAAUUUUUUGUUUUAUAAGGCUCGAGUUAUUAUUUUUUUCUGAAGAAUUAAAAAUAAUUUCUUAGGGAGAAUUUGUUUAUAAUUCGCGUUGAAUGUUAUCAGCUCAAUGUAUUAAAAAAUAAGUCGCUCAAAUAAUCUACAUAGGAUUUAGAAGGAAAUAGCCAAAUAAUUGUUAUAAUCGUUGAUGAUUUCAAAUAAUUGCUAUUAGAUAAAAGGCUAUAUACGAAAAAGAAAAACUAGAAGAAGUACCACGUGAUUCAAUAUGGCGCUUCUGGAUAAACGGUGUUAAUUUGUGUAUUAAGAUUGAGGAUUUUUAUUUGAAGUAUAUUCAAUUUAACAAGAUCCAAUUUUGUUAUAUAAUAUUGUUCUAGAUACAGAGUGAAUAUUAGAUGCAGAAAAAUUGAUUGUGCAUAAAAGAACAACAGUUCGAUAAAUCCGAAACACAAAUAAAAUUCUAGUUACCAACAAGGGAUGCUGC